AUACAUUGACUGUUUGACUUGGAUUGAAAGCAAGAACUUACUCAGAACAAUGGAGACUGAAUGCAAGGUAUCACUGGAUGCAGAUGCCAGCACAGGGACAAGUGAUCAGACAUCCACGAGAGUCAAAACAUUUCCAGUGUCCAGACUGACCUUGGCCCUGAUGGCUUUCACUCUCUGCCUUGCUGCUGCUGGUGCUGUUUUGCUCUUCUCUAAUGCUCGUGUCAAGAGUGCAGGAUCAGACGAGGGAAGCUCUGCUUUUCAUCACACCUUAAGGCAAAUUUCAAAUGUGAGAGCAGCCAUUCAUCUAGAAGGAGAACACGACCCCACCAUAAAGACAUCAGUGAAGUGGAUGAGCAAAGUGAACCAGGCACACUCUCAAGGAGGUCUAGAACUAAAAGACAAUGAGAUUUUGAUUCCUCGGAAUGGCCUCUACUUUGUUUACAGCCAGGCGUCGUUCAGAGUAAGCUGCAGUAGCAAUGCUGAUGACCUUACUUCCAAUCACAUGAUCCACCUGAGUCACACAGUGAAACGCUGGUCCAGAUCCUUUGGCCCGAAUGAUGAGAGGUCCUAUCGGACCCUCUUGCAUUCAGUUCGUACUGUGUGCCAGGGUACAGCCAGCAAGGAUCCAGACUCGGCUGAAAGCUCCUUCUCUGCAGUAUAUAUGGGAGCAGUAUUCGAUUUAAAGAGUGGAGACAGACUAAAGACGGUUAUGGAAGAAAAGAUGCUUGAGAAACUUGAGGAAGAGGAAGGGAAGACUUAUUUUGGUGUCUUUGCUUUGUAAAGAGAGCUUGAAAUUAUGACAGGAACAUACAUGUAGUGGCAGAGUAGAACUGAUUCUGUUGCAUAGAACCAAAAGAAACUAUUUACAGUCAACUAGUGAGUGAC